CACGUCCAGAAAGAGAUGCCUAGAGGCUUUUAUCGGAAACGGAAAAGGAAACUCCAUUUGUUUGGUAUAUGCGUCCUGCAGCGUAGUGCAUUGGUGCUGAAAAGAAAAAGCAUGAAAGUUUCAGCUUGAGGUGGGGUGGGGGGGGGUUAGGACUUGAGCACCGGCAGACGAUACACACAUCAUGCUUGAAGGAGAGGCCAAGAAGAAUGAAACCAAAUCUGAUGUGGCUGACACCCAGGAACAAUCAGUGAAGAGAGGAAUGGGGGAAUUCAUUUCAAAAGGUCUGGCAUUAAACUCCCAAAACAGAAGUGUGGCAGAACCAUCACCUGUAGCCACUAAUGUCCUACCUGACUCCUUGCCCUGCAAUGCUGAGGAAAAAAAGAGAGAAAAAGGCUCCCGUGAAGUAAAUGUAGAUACAUUUCCACAGCAAUUAAACUCUGAUUUUACCCCUGUUAACAAGGCUGAUAUGGAUACACAGAAACAUUCGGAAGACCAUGAGACAAAUUCUGAUUGUCUUUCCAUCGCCACAGACAAUGAACCAAAAUCACUGCUGGUUAAUGAAGAAUUAAAUGAACCACAAACUAACACUCAAAUGUCUGUUACAACAGAUGAAAUCUCAAGUAGUCAGUCCGAAAGGAAUGAAGCCCAUUGUUCAACUGUCCAAACAUCUGAGGAAGCUGUCUGUGAGACGUCCUGCUCUAAUAAAAGUGAUUACCAAUGCGAAGAAUAUUCUGACAAAAAAAUCCACAAGGACACUGCAGAUGUGAAUGUUUCGGACACUGAAAAUCAAGGAGCCUCACCUUCUCACUCAUUAAAUGAAAAAAAUGUAACAGUGGAUGAUGCCUUUGAAGAGGCAAAUUCAGAGCACAAUAACCCGAUACUUUCAACCGAAGCCAAUGCUGAAGCAAGCAGUGUAGAGAACACACAAAGUAAACGUGGAUAUUCUUCCUUUUCCCGCGGAAGGCCACGCAAAGAAAAAAGGGUUAUAAAAUGUGAAUAUUGUGGGCGUCCUUUUAAUCAUGCCUCAGCGUAUAUUAUUCAUCUGCGUGUUCACACAGGUGAGAAGCCCUUCACCUGCCAGGAUUGUGGCAAAGCCUUCGCUCAACUCUCCAACCUUCGAUCCCACAGCAAAGUUCAUAAAUCUAAAAGUAGGAAACAUGCACACAGAUUUCAAGAUAGAGCCACGUCUGAGAAAACUGUGGAUGAGAAAGAGGUAAACACGACCAAUAAACUAGAAAGUGACUGCCAUAGUAAUCAAAUCGCCCCUAAAAGGAGAAGGCGAGGAAGAGGGAAAGGGAAAUCCCAAACAUGUCCGAUCUGUGGCAAAGUCUUUUGCUACAAGUCUGUCCUCAAAAUCCAUCUUCGUAUUCACAGUGGAGAAAAACCAUACUCUUGUAAGGUAUGCGGCAAAUCAUUUACUCAGGCGUGCACGGCACGUGUCCAUGAGAGAGUACACUGGUCUAUUAGACCUUACUUUUGUUCAAAAUGUGGUAAGGGAUUUUCUCAGAUCGGGCCAUUAAAAGUACACACUUGUGAGGGUAAAAUAAACCCUCACGCCACCUUGAAAGAAAUGGAAUUGGAAGGUAUUAUCAGCUUCAGGUGUCACCUUUGCAAAAGUUGCUUUGGCACCAGAGAUGAGUAUGAAUUACAUUUGCAAGGACACACUGAUACCCAGCGUUACAGCUGUGACCGCUGCAAGCAAACUUUUAGUCUUCUGUCAGAGCUACAUACGCACAACAAGCAUUGCGUUUCCAUCCGGCUAGCAAAAACCAAGUCUUCUUACAGUUCACCUCACAGAUUACAACCCAAAAACUCCUUGAAGAGAAGAACUCCUCAGAAGAUGCGGAGUGCAAGUCCAGUUAAAUCUCCUCCAAAAGAUUUUUCCUUUCCGAGGAAGCUCAAAAAAUGCUUCUCUUUACUUGCUUGCCCUCUUCAGGUCAUGGCCACCACUGUUUAUGACUCUCAGAAUAACCUCUAUUCAGUCGGUCAGCCCAUCAAAUCCAGCUAUUUUGUAUCUCAACUGAACAGUACGCACCACAAAGCAGAUCCGAGAAAGUACUUCUGCCCACAAUGUGGACGAAUAUUUCAGCAUGUAGGAAGGCUGAGAGCCCAUAUGCUUACUCAUUCACGGGGCCAAAGCUUCUCGUGUAUUGAUUGCAACAGGAUGUUUAAAAACUGGAACAAAUUUUGGAUUCAUCAGCGGCUGCACAGACAGAAAAGAGGGCGCUUUUUUUGCCCCAAGUGUGGACAGGGGUUUCGAUUUGUGGGACUGUACAAUAAACAUCUGCAGAAGCAUCCAGAACUUAAUGCUCAUGCUUGUCCGUUCUGUCCUCACACGUUCUCAAAUGCACAAAAGUUGAGGAACCACCAGCAAGAGUGGCACCGCUCAACUAUGCCCUUUAUAUGUGAUAUUUGCGGAAAAGGAUUCGCAAGCACGGUUAUUCUUAAGCGACAUAGAGUUGUUCACUGCACAAAUGAUCCAAUGGAGACGCAUUACACCACUGACCCACAGUCCACUGUGCAUCCUUACGAAUGCGGUACAUGCAGCGCCAGUUUUGAGAACUUGGACUUGCUUUUCCACCAUCAGCUCCGCCACAAGGCUGUAGAUAAAGGAUCAGUAGCAAUGAGAGGCCAGCUGCUUAUUACAGAGGAACAUCAAUCUCACCAUUUCCAGCAUCAAAGCUAUGAUUACAGCCUUUGUGAUAAUCAGAGGCAAGAGAAGCUACUCUCGUUCCCCCGUUCAAAUGGAGGAGAAAUGCCUCAUCGGUUGUCACACUUUGGUCCCUCUAACGUACAUCUAUCACAAAAGCCAAAACCUAACACUGAAACUCCAAGCACCACCAAAACUAAAUCUCAGAGUAAUGAGGGGAACAAGGUUAAAAAACACACGAAGGUCAGUUUUUCAGCAAUUGAAGAAUUAAAUGGUUCAAGCCAGUCACCGUCCAUAUUGAAAACCGAGGACACAACUGGUGACUUAAUUUGCACUGAAUGUAAUGCUUGUUUUUCCAACCUUAUAGAACUGCAUGGACAUUACUUGGAACAUGCCCGAGGAGAAAUAUAAAUAUUCUGUAAACGUUUUCUUUUUCUUUUUUCAUUGAGUGUGUGAUGAACAUUUGCAUGGUAAUCACAUACUUCUGAAACUUGUGAAAAUGUUUGCUGUAUAUUUGUUUUUCAUGUGGUAUCAACAUUACUGAUGUGCUAAUACCCAAUUUAAAAUAUAUGGACUAGAAAUUCCCUGUAAUGGAUAGUAUUGUUUUAUUUAGCAAUCCUAUUGUUAAGUUAGAUAUCUGUUAGUGUUGGUGCUGUAACUGAAUUGAACAGACGUUGCUGUUAACAGAUUAAACAUCUUGACAUUGCUCAAAAUCAAGUUUUCUUUGUUAAGAGAAAAUUGUCAAGGAUGUUCCAAGACGGCAUUAGGAUAUAAUAUAUCCCAUCAAAACUACUUGUAUAAUGGUUUGGAUUUUAAAACUAAAUUAAUAGUCAUUUGAAUUAAUAGUAAAACAUAAAACUUGUAUCUUUAUUAAAAAUGAUAGAUAAUACAAUCAAACAUCUUUAAUGUUUGUUCU